GCCUGACUUGGAAGUCGCCUUCACGCUUUGCGAGCAGCAACAUUCAGCUCCUUGGUGCCUUGGCAAACUUGGUGGCUGCCAGGUCGCCGCUUCCUUAGAAGCGUCCCCUCCUCGUAGGAAACGCGCCUUCCCUUUAAAAAAACUCCUUUUUCAGCGCUCACCCCGUUGAAGGUCCAGCUUGGUCUCGCGCACAUAAUCAUCCGGAUUCCGGCUCAACACUUUCACCUUCAUCCUGCGCGACUGAGAAGGGAGCUGGUGGUGGUAGCGGAGAAGAAACAAUACCCCGCCCUAGCUACCCUUCGCCAGACCACAUGGAAUGGGCAGAAACUAGGCAACGCCAGAAAUAACUUCCGGCUCAAAAGAGCCACGGUAGGCACGGGCUCCUGGUAGGAGGCACAGACAAGAGAAACCGGCUGCUCCACGAUCACGUGAACAAGGACGAAUUAAGACACACUAAGUCCGCCCACUGGGGGGGCACGGCUGCCAGUACCGCGAUUUGAUUGGAAGAGCCGAGAGGGAGGGACUCGGCUCUUACUCUCUAUAGGACGAGAGAAGUGCCUCAUAGGUCAAAGGGCAGGUUACUUCAGACCUCCCACAUGACCGGCUGCGGUCUGCAUAUUAUUAAAUCAAAACAAAAUUCUCCUGGUUCUCUCCCAUGAAUUCUACUGCCGCCAUUCCGGGCGCGCAGAGCCCGGCAUGUGCCGUGGCGGGGUCUGCUUCUUCUUCUUCUCCUUCUCCUCCUUCUACCUCGGUCCCACCAGCGCGGUCUCUGUUCAGGCACGUGCACUUCGAGAACCUGGUGGCCGGGCUGAGCGGCGGCGUCAUCUCCACGCUAGUGCUGCACCCGCUCGACCUGGUGAAGAUCCGCUUCGCAGUGAAUGACGGCUUGGAGCUGAGACCAAAAUACAAUGGUAUCCUGCACUGCUUGACAACCAUCUGGAAACAUGAAGGAUUACGCGGCUUGUAUCAAGGGGUGACUCCAAACAUGUGGGGGGCAGGUGCUUCUUGGGGACUCUACUUUUUCUUCUAUAAUGCCAUUAAAGCCUACAAGACAGAGGAUAAGCGGGAAAGCCUUGGUGCAACUGAACACCUAGUAUCAGCUGCUGAAGCUGGAGCAAUGACGCUGUGCAUUACAAACCCAAUCUGGGUAACGAAAACUCGGCUUGUGUUGCAAUAUGAAGCUGGUGUUGACUUGUCAAAGAGGCAGUACAAUGGGAUGCUUGAUGCCCUUAGUAAAAUAUACAAGUACGAAGGUAUACGUGGCCUGUAUAAGGGAUUUGUACCUGGUCUGUUUGGAACAUCACAUGGAGCACUUCAGUUCAUGGCAUAUGAAGAAUUGAAAUCAAAAUAUAAUAGACAUCAAAACAGACGAUCAGAUACGAAAUUGAGCACUUUAGAAUACAUAACGAUGGCAGCAUUAUCAAAAAUAUUUGCAGUUUCAACAACAUACCCAUAUCAGGUUGUGAGGGCACGUCUCCAGGAUCAGCAUAACAGAUACUCAGGAGUAACUGAUGUCAUCCAUAGGACAUGGAGGAAAGAAGGAGUUCAUGGAUUUUACAAAGGAAUUGUACCAAAUGUGAUCAGAGUCACUCCUGCAUGCUGCAUUACAUUUGUAGUAUAUGAAAAAGUAUCCCACUUGUUGCUUGGCCUUAGGAAUGGUGACUAAGUAUUGGAUGCCUCAAGAAGAGCAUCAUCAUACUUUGAUUCUAGAACAGAUCAGAAAUAUCACACAACUGUCUGGCUUGAGACUGAUUUUUUCUGAUUCUCACAGAAGAAGAUGGAGACGAACACCUUUUGUUGUACUAGAUAAACCUUUUCUGUAUUUGAUCUGCAGUCUGCCUGGAACAUUAUCUCACCUGAACCUUCUGACUAAGCAUUUUUAGAAUUUCGUUCUAUAAUACUUUUUUCUGUCUAACCCUGUUAUAUGAAAAGCAGUGGACUCUUCAUGUAUAGUAGCAGGGCCCUGAUGUCAAAAAUACUAGAUGCAAUAAGGUCCCCAGCAAGCUGGUAUGUUUCAGGUUAUUGCAGGUGGGUCUCUACUUGGUAUUUCUCCAAUAAAUUGUGGUAAUAUUUAUCCACAAUGA